AUGGCUCACCCUCGCAUGGAUGAUGCAGCCUAUCUCACCUCACUCCUUGCUGAGUGGGGCGCGCCUGCUACUUUGCAGGCUGCGCUGACAGCAGGUGGCUUCAAUACUCUGGCCACGGUUGCCUUCACGGCAUGGAUGCCUUUAAGAGCUGGCUGUUCUGCUCCAAUCACCCUGACGUCAUGCGUCUGGCUUCGCUUUGCUCCCGCCCCGCACCCUCCUCUGUCAGGGAAGCGAUCCUCGGAUGGCACGUUUCUUACUCGCCUUACUGCUCUGUGUCCGCAAUCCCUGGCUGAUGCCAUUGCCAAGAUCUUCGGGUCUGCAGUUUCUGUGGGCAAGGAGGAGAUACCGUUUCUUCAGUGGGAGCAGCUUCUGCCUGCUCGUCUGCGCCAUGCUUGGGCAGACACCUUGCGUUCAACUGGGCUUCUGCCGCAAAUCCUUCAGCGCCUUGGCGCCCCUGACAAAGCUGCGCCGUUGUCGGAUGCAGAGCUCCAACCCUUUCUGCGUGCGCUCGGAAACUGGCUUGGGGUGCACUCUGACGCAGUCUGGAGUAAAUGCCUGGAAAUCACCCCGGGACAGCCAUUCCGGCUUAACCUGUGGCGGAUUCUGGCUGAGAUAUCCAACGACCCUGACUCAGCCUUUACUGACCAGCUCUCAGCUGGAGUCUCGUUGGGGGUCCAUUGCCAGCUUCAGCCGUGUACUGUCAUGGCCCCGGGUCUUCCACCAGAUGUUGACCCUCGUGCUCUGGAAUGCUGCCCUUGCCUUCUGUGGACAACCAGCAAGGUUGGAUUAGAGAAGUCACUGAAAGGCCGCCGGCCGCGUCUGGUGGUUGACAGCUCUGUCUCUGCCGUCACGGAGAACACUGUGCUCCCUAAUCGCUCCUGUAACCCCACCUUGGCCCACCUGCGCCGGUGUCUGCCUGUGGGCGCAGCCCGUGAGGAUUUCACUGCCCUGGUUCUGGACGUGUCCAAGGCGCAGCGCCGAAUCAAAAUUCGUCCGGAGGAUCAAGGCCUGCUGUGCUUUCAUCGUCGGGAUAAGUUGUUUCAGUGUCUGACCCUCAACUUUGGGGCGAGGGCCUCCAGCUAUUACUGGGCACGCACGGCUGGCCUUCUCUGUCGAGUUCUGCGUCGCAUCGUCUACGUGAAUCAUGGUCUGGAUUGGUUGGAGCGUCGACCUCACCACAUUCACGGUCUGUUCUCCUUUCUGCGUCCAACUCUGGCCCCACUCUACUCCCUGCAGCAUGCAGGCCAACUGGUGAUGGCUGCUCUUACUCCUGAUCAGUGGGCUGCUUUGCGUCCGUUGCUCAACGCUGACCUCUUGGUCACCGGUUCCAUCGGGCGUCCCUCUGUUCCGGUGGGUUCCACACUGGUCCGCCUGGCGCGCCUGCCAGUCUCCGAAUUGUCGCACAUUCCUGCGUGGCUCCCGGAGUCACGUCGUAUCUGGGUUCAGGUCUCUCAUCGACACACCUCAUCAGUUUUAGUUACUGACGAGGUUUGUGAGGUGCUGGCGCUCUGGAAAGAUUUCUUGCACCAAUCCACGUGUCGGCAGAGCAUUCUGUUGUCGCCCGCCUUCCAGUGUGAAGCCUUCGCAGACGCGUGCGCAGACAGUUCUUCUGUCGGUCUGGGAGGGUAUGUGAAAUUUCCCUCUGGCAUCAAGCGCUUCUUCCAGCUUGCAAUUUCCAGGGCUGCUUUGGCUUCACUGUGCCCCUUCUUUCCCAGUGAUGGCAAUCCUCAGCAUUUCAUUGCGGCGUGGGAGCUUCUGGCGCAGCCUGGUGUGGACGACUCAUGCUAUGCUGCCUCUGGCUCAUCCUAA